CAAACACAGAUGGAGGUCGAUGACUAAUGCGGGCUUCACUUCCCAUGCUCUAUGCAGGGCAGUAUGAGACGGUCCGGGGACGGGAUCUGCACUACACCGUGGCUCGGACGUAUGUAACGUCUAGCCAAACGUCUAGCCCGGGGCACGUCCACCGCCUCCCCCAGAACCGUGGAGCCGACGAGUUAUAUGAAGUCCGACUCUCUCCUGCGGGCUACCGGACUGGCAAAAACAUUGGGUUGGCAAUCGCCAGGUCGUCUUCUCGAUGGCUUCAGUACUGGUCCCGGGCUCGGACCGCAUCGUUGCUGGCCUGAGACGAAGGUGGGGGGGCAUCGCCGAUGUUCGGAGCACCGGGGAGCUGCCGGCUGAGGAUGACGCGAUGGCGGAGAAGGGGGUCCGGUUGUUGCUGUGGACGGAUCUGCCCCUAUGGCAGCAACAUGGAAGCGAGCUCAUUCAUACUGGGUAUAGGAGAGCUUGCGGCGAUGUCUGGGCGUGCAUUCACAGCUGGACUUACAUCCAUAAUGAGACUGUCAACAUAUACUCGCACAUCAUCGGAGCGUGUAUAUUCCUUGCUCUACCCCUUUAUUUCUUCACCACUGAGGUCCCGCCACGCUUCGCCAUUGCAACAUGGGUAGACGUCGCGGUCUGCAGCACUUACUUUGUAGGCGUGGCUAUCUGCUUCGCCCUUUCGACCGCCUUCCACACCUUCAUGUCCCACUCCGAACGCCUCUACCUCCUAGGCAUGAAGCUCGACAUCCAAGGCGUCCUCCUCCUAAUGUGGAGCGCCACCGUCCCGCUCAUCCACCACAGCCUGCCUGUCAACGACGACAACGACGACCCAGGCGCCACCCCCCGACGCGCCGCCCACCUGGCAGCGACGACCCUCCUGGCCGCGGCCUGCUCGGCCGCCACGCUGCUGCCAAGCCUCAGCGGGCCGCGCCUCGGCGCCGCGAGGGCGGCCCUGUUCGCGGCAUUUGGGGCCGGGAGCUUCGUCGCGCCCCUCGCGCACGGCGCCGUGCUGUGCGGUGGGCUGCGCCGGGUCGCGGGGCGGGUCGCGCUGCCGUGGCUGGGGGCUACGGCGGCGUGUAAUGGGGUUGGCGCGGUGGCUUAUAUGGCCAAGGGGGCUGGUUGUGAGCAGUUCCCCGAGAAGUGGUUCCCCAGGCGGUUUGACCUUUUCGGGGCAAGUCACCAGAUCAUGCAUGUCAUGGUCGUCGCCGCGGCGCUCACCUACACGAAGGCCGUGUUGGAGGCAUUCGACUUUUUGCAUGAGCAUGGGGUACAGUGUGAGGCAUGA